AUGAAGACACAGGUGACCCCGACCGUUACAGACCGCCAGUAUCGAAGGGAGACUCAGCUGGGUGUGGCAAAGAGUCAGUUCCAAGGGAAGCAAAUUAUAUCAAUGUCCUCCCGUCACAGACAGGAUAAAAAUGUAACUACAGUGAAUGAAAAGCGUGCCGCCUGGCUCUGCGGACAGCCGGGAGUGGGCAGGCAGGCCCCGGGUGCUCCCCUCGCCACCCGUUGGAGCAGCUACGAUCUGGAGGUCAGAAGCCUAAAUCAAAGUGUUGGCAAGACUGUGCUCCUUCUGGAGACUUCAUGGGGAGAAUCUGCUUCCUUGUCUUUUGCAGCCUCUACCAGCCACCUGCAUUCCCUGGCUCAUGGCCUUUUCCUCCAUCUUCAAAGUACAUCACUCCACCCUCUGCUCCGUUUGUCCCAUGUCCUCCUACUGCCUUUGACCUUCUCGUCUCCCUCUUAUGACAAGCCUGGUGAUCACAGUUUUCUCCAUGAGAAACACUCGGUGAUGAUGGAAAAUGGCACCCCACUGAAACAAGACACAGGGGAAUACCCAAAACACAAACACACACACACACACACACACACACACACGCGCCUCAAACAUCCACCCUCCGCUGCAGGUCACCAGAGCUGCUGGGAGCCACAUCAUCCACCCCGGGCACCACAGCUUCCCAUCAGCUUUCAGAGGAGCCCUUUUCCACCACUGAACAGCUCACAGGCUGAAGCCCUCCUGGAAGAUGCAAGGACUUUUUCAAGGGCAAACAUGUUAUGGAACUGACUUGUUGGAUCUGCCUUACAAAAACAAAUCCAAAAGGAGGAAACCUGAAGAAACCUACAGAACUAAUUUCUUAAAAUCUAUUGAUGAUGUUACAAUAACCGAGACAAGAAAACUUUAGGAACAAAAGAGCUGGGAUUUCUGGUACCUAGAAAAGAGCAGACCUCCUGAACAGGCAC